AUGGCAACUGCGACAGCAACGGCGGCCGCGAUGGCGCCUCUGACCUCUUUCGGCAAGUUCCCCAAUCUUCCCCCAGAAAUCAGAGGAAUGGUUUGGGACAUAGCAGCCAGCGCAGGAAACGAGAAUAUUAUUGAAGUUUGCUUCGACCGCGCACCAACACUUCGGAGAGAAAACCCCAGAAAACCAUGGCAAAUCGUGUGGACCUACAGGUGUCACGAACGGAAUCCUUCUCAUAUCCUUCGCGUGAAUAGCGAGGCUUGGGAGCAGUAUUAUCGCAGUCACCCCGAUAUACUUCAGCUAAAUCGACAGCUACCAAUUCAUUUCAACGCGACGCAAGACACACUGUUCUUUGACUACCAAUCUUUCUUCACUUUGUGGGAUUAUGUUCGCCUACAUCGAGUUCGGCUCCGAGUACCUCACAGAAACUUACGGGGUUUUAAUCUCAUCCAGACAAUUGGGCAUUUCAACAGUCAAAUGCCACCAGCUGAGCUCCUCGACACAAACAGUUUCAUGGUUUUACGAUUGCCGCAGAACAACGUGUUCACUGCACUCACACGUAUCCGGCUGUUGAGUCCUCGUGGAGUUCAUCCGGGCCCCAGGCCGACUGGUUGGAAUCCGAAUAUCAUUCCUGGCCAGACACUGAGUUGGUGGCUGGAAGCAGCUCUUAUUCAUCUCAUCACUAAUUCCAAUGGGGGCCAGGGCAUGAGGAUAACACCCACUGUAGCCCAGCAGAGAAGGAUUGACCGGGCAGUGGCACGGGUCACAGGUGACGUUGCUGCUUUUAUGGCUGCCAUACCCGCAAACGGGACAGCGCUUACUAUACCUGUCAUGCUGGGCUAGUUGUCGAAUCAAGC